AUGCUGGAAACUCUUGGAACUGUGUUUGGUCUGCGUCAUACUUUUAAGACCAAAGUUGGUAACGACUUUGUGCGAGGUGUUUCUGGUGGUGAGAGAAAGCGUGUGUCUAUCGCUGAGGCCCUAGCUGCUAGAGGAACCGUCUAUUGCUGGGACAAUGCUACCAGAGGUUUGGAUGCAUCUACUGCCUUGGAGUACAACCAUGCCAUUCGUGCUUCGACUAAUUAUCUCCAGAGCAUUGCUGUGGUUGCCAUUUACCAGGCCGGUGAAAACAUCUAUAAAUUGUACGACAAGGUUACCGUCUUGUACAGUGGUCGUCAAAUCUACUUUGGACCUGCUGAGGAGGCCAAGGACUUUUUCAUCAGACAAGGUUGGGACUGCCCACCUCGUCAAACUACCCCGGAGUUUUUGACUUCAGUUACUGAUCCCAAGGGGAGAACUCCUCGUGCUGGAUUUGAGACCAAAGUUCCUAACACUGCAGAAGAGUUUGAACAGUACUGGAAAAAUUCUCCUGAACAUGCAAGAUUAGUGCAGCAAAUCGCCGAAUAUGAAGAAAAGAGCGAUUCCGGCCAAACUCUAGAGAGAGUAAGAAAUAUUAUUAACCACCAAUUUAAAGAAAAGAGACAGCCAAAGAGAUCAAGAUAUAUCCUUACUUACCGAUCCCAGCUAAAGCUGCUCAUUACCAGAGGUGUCCAGAGAGUCAAGGGUGACAAGGCAUAUACAAUUAUCAAUGUGAGUGCUGCCAUCAUCCAAUCAUUAAUUAUCGGUUCUCUUUUCUACAACAUCCCUAGUGCAACUUCUGGUGCUUUCUCUCGAGGUGGUGCUAUUUUCUUUGCUCUUCUUUACAAUUCACUUAGUGCUCUUGCUGAAAUCUCAAACUCGUUCCAAAACCGUCCUAUUCUUUUGAAGCAGAAAGGUUAUUCUUUUUACCAUGCUUCUGGCGAAGCCUUACAAACUAUUUUGUCAGACUUGCCAGUUAAAAUUAUAACCUAUGUCAUAUUCAGUAUUAUAUUGUAUUUCAUGGUUGGCUUGCAAGUAGCAGCUGGUCAGUUCUUCUUGUUUUUGCUGAUUAUUAUUAUAAGUUGUCUUUCGAUCUCUGCUUUGUUCCAGAUGAUUUCCACUUUAACCAAAUCUGCAUCCUCUGCUAAUUCCAUUGCUGGUGUGUUUGUCUUAGUGCUUUCUGUCUAUACUGGUUAUAUGAUUUCGACUCGUACAAUGCACCCUUGGUUCAGAUGGAUUAACUGGUUGGAUCCUUUGGCUUAUGGUUUUGAGGCCAUGAUGGCUAAUGAAUUCCAUGGUUUGAAGAUGUCGUGUGAUCUGCUGGUGCCUAGUGGCCCAGGUUAUGAAAAUGUUACAAUUGCUAACCAAGUUUGUGCAUUUACUGGUUCCAGACCUGGUCAAAGUUUUGUAGAUGGUAACGAUUACUUGUAUGCUUCUUUCGAGUAUAAAUGGGAUCAUGUUUGGAGAAAUUUUGGUAUUCUUAUUGGUUUCUGGAUCUUUUUCCUUGCUAUUAACUGUGUUGCUAGUGAAGUCGUCCGACCUGUGUCCGGUGGUGGUGAUGUCUUGCUCUUUAAGAGGGGUCAUAUGCCAUCCCCCGAGAACCUAAAAGAAAAUGCACAAGCUGAAAAAGAAGCCUCUAGUGGUGAUGACCUUUCCCUGGAGACUACUUCUAGAGAGGUCUUCAGUUGGCAGCACGUUGAUUAUACCAUUCCAUUAGAUGGUGGUACCCGUAAAUUGCUGGAUGAUGUCCAAGGAUAUGUAAAGCCAGGUACUUUGACUGCACUUAUGGGUGAGUCUGGUGCUGGUAAGACUACAUUGUUGAACGUUCUUUCGCAAAGAAUCCAUUUCGGUGUUAUCACUGGUGAUAUGUUGGUCAACGGUAAGCCUUUGGACAACUCGUUCCAAAGACGCACAGGCUAUGUUCAACAGCAAGAUUUGCAUCUUGCCGAGGCAUCGGUUAGAGAAUCGUUACAGUUUGCUGCUCGCUUGAGACAGCCUGCGACCACCCCUGAUCGAGAGAAGCUGGAGUAUGUUGAACAAAUCAUCAGGUUACUGGGAAUGUCAGACUAUGCUGAGGCCCUUGUUGGAUCAAGUGGUCGUGGUUUGAACGUCGAGCAACGUAAGAAACUGUCUAUCGGUGUCGAAUUGGUUGCCAAGCCUUCAUUGUUGCUUUUCUUAGAUGAACCAACUUCCGGUUUGGACUCUCAAUCUUCGUGGGCCAUUGUUCAAUUCUUGAGGUCUCUGGCAAACGCCGGACAAUCUAUCCUGUGUACUAUCCAUCAGCCAUCUGCUACGCUUUUCGAGCAAUUCGAUCGUUUAUUGUUGUUAAAGAAGGGUGGCAGAACCGUUUACUUUGGUGAUAUCGGUAACAACUCGAGUGUUCUGACUAGUUAUUUUGAAAGAAAUGGUGCUAGAAAGUGUGGCCGUGAAGAGAAUCCUGCCGAGUAUAUCUUGGAGGCUAUUGGAGCGGGUGCUACAGCCUCUGUAACUGCUGACUGGGGUGAUAUCUGGAGCAAGUCUCCUGAGUGUCACGAUACCACUGCCGAGAUCACUAAACUUCAGGCGGAGCUUGCUGCUCAGCCUGUUCCUCAUAGUGAUGUCCCUGCCAAGGUAUUAACCCAAAAGUUCGCUGCUAGCUACUGGACCCAGUUUAAAUAUGUCACCCAACGUACCAUGAUUCAAUACUGGAGAUCACCUACUUAUCUCAUGGCUAAGUUCAUGCUUAUGGUUGUGGCAGGUCUGUUCAUUGGUUUCACAUUCUGGAAUGUUGGUAAUCCAUUUUCUCUUGCUGGUAUGCAGAAUGCCAUGUUCGGUGUUUUCUUGAUCCAGGUUUUGUCUGCUCCAUUGACGAAUCAGAUCUUGUCUAAUGCUGAGCAAACUAGAGAACUUUAUGAAGUGCGUGAAUCAUCAUCCAACACUUUCCACUGGAGUUGUCUGUUAUUGGCUCAGUAUAUCUCCGAGUUGCCAUACCAUAUUGUCUUUUCGACUCUCCUUUACUGCUGUUUCUAUUUCCCGGUGCGAUACAGUACUGAACCUCAUGUCGCAGGUUUCUUCUACUUUGUUUACUGUAUUUUGUUCCAGUUUUACUAUGUCGGUUUUGCAUUAUGGAUUAGUUACUUCUCACCCAACGCUGCCUCUGCUGCUGCAAUUGCAUCUCUGUUGUUCAGUUUCUUGAUCGCAUUCUGUGGCGUUCUUCAACCACUUCAACUCUCGCCUUACUUCUGGGUCUUCGUUUUCAGAUUGUCUCCAUUCACUUAUUUCAUCCAAGCCUACCUUGGUGUAAUCAUGCAUGAUCAGAAGGUGGUGUGUCAACCCGAGGAGUUCAGUGUGUUCCAACCACCAAGUGGAAUGACCUGUGAGUCUUUUGCGGGAGCUUUUGUCAGAAAUGUCAGUGGAUACCUCAACAACCCAGAUGCUACAUCCAACUGUCAAUACUGUAAAUAUUCUGUGGGAGACGAAUAUCUUGCUACCAUUGGUGUCAACUACGAUCAAAGGUGGAGAAAUGUUGGUUUCAUUUGUGCUUAUAUCAUCUUCAAUGUCUGUGCCAUGCUUUUGUUCUACUAUCUUUUCAGAGUAAAGCAAUGGCAAACCCCCAAGCUCUUCUCUAUCUUCAAGAAGAAGAAGCCUGUCGAGGAGCCUGUCCGAGACAUCUAUGCUCCCAAAGAAGGCGACGAAGACGCUGUCUUUGGAAGAGUCAGAUCUCCCUCGAUGGUCCCUGGAACUGCUGAGUAA